UAUGGUCCGGGUAACCAUUCUCCAUCCAGAUCUAGGCAUCGGUGGAGCCGAACGAUUGAUUGUUGAUGCUGCUGUUGGAUUACAGGAUCGAGGACACUCUGUUCGGAUUUUCACGAAUCAAUAUAGUAGAUCGCAUUGUUUCCAAGAAACUCUAGAUUUGGAUAUUUGUACUGUGGUUCCAUGGAUACCCCGUUCAAUUUUUGGAAAAGGUCAUGCUCUUUGUGCAUAUCUUAAAAUGAUCAUUGCUGCUCUCUACAUUGUAAUCUACCACAAAGAUACUGACGUCAUACUUUCGGAUUCUGUAUCUGCUAGUCAAUUUGUUCUUCGUCAUUUCUCAAAGGCAAAACUCGUAUUCUAUUGUCAUUUCCCGGAUCGACUUUUAACGAAACGUGAUGGAAAUCUGAAAGCUUUCUAUAGAAAUAUUAUUGAUUGGAUUGAAGAGUACACAACUGGACUUGCAGAUGUCAUUUGUGUCAAUAGUAAUUUUACAAAAAAUGUGGUUCGUGAAACAUUCAAGUCACUGGCAUCUCAGGAGCUGACCGUACUCUAUCCUUCGUUGAACACCGAGUUUUUCGAUUCGAUUGAAGCUUCGGAUGAUUUUGGUGAAGAAAUUCCACGUGGUACCAAAUAUGUUUUCACCUCACUGAACCGAUUUGAACGAAAGAAGAAUAUCGUUUUGGCUCUAGACGCAUUCGAGAAAUUGAAAUCGAAUCUUCCUGCCGACGAAUUUUCGCAAUGUCAUCUUGUUAUUGCUGGCGGAUAUGAUUUGAAAAACCCAGAAAACAUCGAACACUAUGAUGAACUUGUUGAACAUAUGAAGAAACUGGAGCUCCCAGCUGAUCAGAUCGUAUUUCUCCACUCACCAUCUGACACUCAAAAAGUAAAUCUCAUUCGGAGAAGUCGUGCGGUACUUUACACGCCUGAUAGAGAACAUUUCGGAAUUGUUCCAGUUGAAGCAAUGUACUUGGGAACCCCAGUAAUUGCUGUUAACACUGGAGGUCCCUGUGAAUCGGUUCGGAAUAAUGAGACGGGAUUUUUGGUUGAUCAAACGGCCGAAGCGUUUGCUGAGAAAAUGAUUGAUUUGAUGAAAGAUGAGGAAAUGUAUCGAAGAAUGAGUGAGGAAGGUCCGAAAUGGGUGCAAAAAGUGUUUGCAUUUGAAGCAUUUGCAAGAAAGCUCGACGAGAUUAUUCAAUCUACGCUUUAAUUAAUGUUUUUUCUUGAAAUUUGGGUUUUAAGCGUUUCGUUUUAGAAUCGCCAGUGUAUUUUUUGUGAUAGUCCUAUGUGCUUUAAAUUAUUUAUUUUGAAAGGUUCAAUAAAUUAUAUUUUAUG